AUGGCAGAACACCAAGAAAUUAGCACGAAAAGGCUGAAAUUGAGCUCCAUUAAAGACAACAAUGGCGGAGACUCAGACAAUGAAGACCGAUUAAGUUCUCUCCCGGACUCCAUUCUCACCGACAUUCGCUCACUUCUCGACAUCCCUUCCGCCGUUGCCACCUCCGUCUUAUCCCGGCGGUGGCGUUACUACUGGACCCAGGUCACACACCUUCACAUCGACUACGACGAUUUCGAAUCGCUAUUUUCUGAUGAUGACUACUUUUCCAAAAUCUCCACCACCGUCGACCACAUUAUCCGCCAAUGUUCGUCCCCGAAGAUCAACACCUUCAAUCUUCGUAUCGAACAUCCUUUUAUGGAUGAAGAAUUUGAGACUACUGAAAGGUAUAUUGUUUCGUUGAUUACUCUAAUUUGCGGUAGAUUUGCCAAUGAACUUAAGGUUGAUGUUUUUGAUACUGGUAUGCCUCGAUUUCCCUUACCAUUUUGUGUUUAUCAGAGUAUUACUUUGUCGAAACUCGAAUUAAGGGGACCUUUUGUUUGUGUGUUCUCUGAUAGUUUAGCUAUUGAUCUUCCUAAUUUAAAAUCACUGGUGUUAAAUUCUGUCGACAUUGCUCCUGAUUUGAUCAGUAAACUUACUAAAUCUUGCCCAUCGUUGGAGUCUUUGGAUUUGCAGUUGCCUUGGGUAGAGAAUGCAGAUACUAUGAAUAUAUCUGCUCUGAAUUUGAAGUGUUUGGUUGUGAUUUUGAAAGGAAAUUCUGGAAAAUGGAAACAUUUCGAAGUUGUGAUUGAUGCCCCGAAAUUGGAACGUGUUUCGCUAGGUGGUUGGUUAGCGUGUUACCACUUUGUUAGCAAUAGAAAUACAUUACUCCACACUAAACUACAUAUUGAUCGUUCUACUUUAGAGGUUGGAAAUGAUUAUUGUUGGUGGAUGAAAUUAGACGAUCUUAAGGGUGAUGAAAAUGAUAUGUGGUUACUCAACUACAUUCUUUCGAAUGCAGAAGUUUUAGAGGAGAUUUUGGUUGAUGUUCCCACUUUGAAUACCUUGGAGGAAGUGAAUUGA